AGCCAAGCAAGGAGGGAGAGAGACUUACUAAUGCCACAGUGACUACCACAAGGAACAAUACAAGGAGAGAGUAGGAGCGAGUACUUGUGUACUUGUGUUUUUGUGCGGCAUGCCUCCUGUGUCCUGUUUCAUUGUCUCCUUUCCUUCCUAAAGCUGAGGAAUGUUCACUGCGAGGUAAAUACGGACACACCUGGUUCAGAGGUUUGGAAGUGCCUCCUCGUUUGCUCCUUCAAAAUAAAAGGGCCUGUGGAACUAUAGCAUGAGUUUGGCUCCUUCAAAAUAAAAGCCCUGUGGAACUAUAGCAUGACUUCUGCUCCAAGUCCAGAAGCUUAACCAAGAGACCAGCCAAGUCUGGGCCAAGGCCCUUCUGAACUGCCACCGGAAAAAAUACUGGAAGCAGCGCAAUAUCUUUAAAUCAAACUUAACCAAUGUAGAAUCUGAAACAAUUUAACACAAUAUGGCCAAUUCAAAUCCGUCAGAUACAUUUCAAAACAGUCAGGACGUUACUCUGGAUGUAAAAGUCAAAACAAAAGAUAGUCAAAGAUCCCAAGUUGGUCCAGAUUCCAGUUUGGAUGAGGAAGGUCAAAACAAACAAAUCAAACUGAAUUCUGCGCAAUCUGAAAAUGUGUCUGUUGAUUGUGAUGAUACUGUUUUAGAAGAAAGAACUGAGCCAGAAUAUAGUCCUGAAAAAGCACAACAGGAAACUGCACUUAAUGAGAAUGUCAACUUAGAUGAUGGACUGGAUGCAAGAGCCACAGUUACAAAUGGACAAAGUCUUUCUGCUCCUAAACAUGACAAUUCCACCUUAAAAGAUCAAUCCAGUGUCCUAUCCACUGGUUCAAAUGAGCUGUGCGUUGGUGUAUCUCAUCUAUUAGGGGCUAAAGACAACCAUUCCACCUUAAAUGAUUGUGGAUUGGAUUGUACUGCAGCAGGGGAAUGUGAUAACAGUAAAACUUAUCAAAUAAAACCUGAGCUAGACGCCUCUAAGGAUUAUAAUUCCACCUUAAAUGACAUAAAGGAAAAGCAUAAUCCAAAACAGUCUAAACUAGAUGCUGCUGGUGACCCUUCCACAUUAAAAGAAGUGAAUUAUUAUCCUACUUCAGAAGACCAAAUGACUUCAGAAUGUCUUUAUGAAACUGAACAAGAGGUUGAGGAAACUGAUAAAAAGCCAGAUUUACAAAUAUCGGAAAAUUUGGUCCAAAAAGACAUAAAACAUUUUGUACAAUCUGAGGAAACAUCUACAGCUUCUGCUGUCAAUCAUCUGUCUUCAACAUCUGCAAACCUCUCUACUCAGGCCACACCCUCUUCAUCAGCGACCACGCCCACUUCACCAGUCACCACGCCCACUUCACCAGUCACCACGUCCUCUUCUUCAGUCACCACGCCCACUUCACCAGUCACCACGCCCACUUCACCAGUCACCACACCCACUUCACCAGUCACCACACCCACUUCACCAGUCACCACGCCCACUUCACCAGUCACCACGCCCACUUCACCAGUCUCCACACCCACUUCACCAGUCACCACACCCACUUCACCAGUCGCCACGCCCACUUCACCAGUCACCACGCCCACUUCACCAGUCACCACACCCACUUCACCAGUCACCACACCCACUUCACCAGUCACCACACCCACUUCACCAGUCACCACGCCCACUUCACCAGUCACCACACCCACUUCACCAGUCACCACGCCCACUUCACCAGUCACCACACCCACUUCACCAGUCGCCACGCCCACUUCACCAGUCACCACACCCACUUCACCAGUCACCACACCCACUUCACCAGUCACCACGCCCACUUCACCAGUCACCACGCCCACUUCACCAGUCUCCACACCCACUUCACCAGUCACCACACCCACUUCACCAGUCGCCACGCCCACUUCACCAGUCACCACGCCCACUUCACCAGUCACCACACCCACUUCACCAGUCACCACACCCACUUCACCAGUCACCACGCCCACUUCACCAGUCACCACGCCCACUUCACCAGUCACCACACCCACUUCACCAGUCACCACGCCCACUUCACCAGUCACCACACCCACUUCACCAGUCGCCACGCUCACUUCACCAGUCACCACGCCCACUUCACCAGUCACCACACCCACUUCACCAGUCGCCACGCUCACUUCACCAGUCACCACGCCCACUUCACAGCUGAUAUCUCAUCCAGAAAAAAUUGACGAAUCUUUGGAAUCUCCAGAAACUCUGUCUGAGACAAAAACUGAAAAACAGUACUCCGACUGUGCUUCUGUCAGUCAAAAAGAAAUCCCGCCUACUCCAGAUAUGACAAACCCCACCCCUUCAGCUAUAACCACACCCACUUUGGACCAAGAAACAUCGACAGCAUCUCUAACCACACCCACUUUGGACCAAACCACACCGACAGCAUCUCUAACCACACCCACUUUUGACCAAACCACACCCACAGCACCUCUAACCACACCCACUUUUGACCAAACCACACCUACAGCACCUCUAUCUUCAUCCACUUUGCCUGAGACCCUACCCACAACCCUUAAAAAUCCACCUCUUUCUUUUCAAACAACACCUUCUGAUACUGAGACUUCCCUUAUACUAGCCACACCCACUUCAGAGCAGACUAUGCCCUCCUCCCCCACCCAGCCCCCGUCCCUUGCCCAGCAUCUCCGUGGUUACCUGCUGAAAAGGGGCGGCACUCUGAAGGCGUGGAAGCAGCGUUGGUUUGUGUUUGUGGAGGAGAAGAACGCUCUGGAUUACUUCCGGACGCCACGGGAUGUUAUGCCGCUGGGACAGGUGUGUCUGAACCACGCCUCCUUCACGUGUGAGGGGGUGGAGCCAGGGAUCUUCCACCUGCACACACCUGAGAGGACCAUUACUCUGAAGGCUCAGAGCGACCAGCUCAAGUUCUACUGGCUCCAACAGCUCCAGCUCCAGAGAUGGAUCCGCACACCUACUAAGGAUACUACAGAGGCAGAGCUGUUCCCUCAGCUACAGUGUAAAGAGGAGGUGAACACAGAGGAAGCUGCAAGUCAGCCUCUUCGUCUUCAAUUCAGCCUCAAGCACCCUUUUAUCGAGCUACAGAACUCGGUGCAGAGUCUGAAGAAACGUUCAUCAAGUGAGGUGUCCCAGAGUGUAUUCCAUGUGCAAGCACCCGCCCCCUCGCCCACCACAUCAUCAGUCAAUCAAAGCCCAGGAAAGACACCAGCAAUUGGGGCUAAGGCAGCAACUCUGACCAAUGACAACAAAAGAGAUUCUACAGCAGCCAAUAAGAAUGCACAAACAGCACUAACCAAUCAGAAAACAGAAGAAGAAGCCAAUCAAAACAAGGAUACAUCAGUCAGUCUGUGCAAAGACUCGACUAUAAACAAUCAGGACACACAACAAGAUUUGAGAUCCACCAAUAGUAAAUCCACUUCAGGACCUACUGAGGCCACACCCACACCCUCACAAGCCCUACCCACUAUUCCUCAAACCACACCCACUUUAAGUGACGUGACUCCGAGGAGGAGGAGCCGCUUAUUCCUCAGGAAAAACACUUCGUCGUGGAGUGAGAGGAGCAGACUGCAGCAAGAACUACAAGACCAGAAGGACUUGGUGGCAAUUCUACAGAAGGCUUUGCAGCAGUGUCAGUCUGAGAAGCAGUCCUGUAGAUUGAAUCAGCAGAACUAUAACCAGACUGAAGAGGACCAGGACCUGACUACUCACCUGGAACAGACCCAAGUUCAGCUCGAGGAGCUCAAGAACAGCCUGAACCAGAAGGACCAGGUCAUCCAGGACCUAAAGAAGGAAGUCAGAGAACUCAGUGAGAAGAACCAUGUCAAACAGCAGGUGAUCCAGAAGCUGUCCUCGUGCAUAUCUCGAUGGACAGAGCAGUCCUCAGACGUAGACUCCCAGAGUGUCCAAACCCUGAUCAAGCAGAACCAGGACCUCCAGGACGACCUAACAGCCUUCAAGAAUCAGAACUACUUCCUCAACUCAGAGAUCCACCACUUGAGUGGACUAUGGAGGACGAGCACGGAGGGCCAAAGGGUCCUCAUGAACAAGGCCUCAGUCCAGAGGGGGCAGCACCUAAGGCUCCUGAGGGAGCUGCAGGAGGUCAGUCUGAGGGAGGGAGCCCAGAGCCAGUCUCUUAGGAGGAUCCUCCAGGAUGCCCUGAGUCAGGAACAGAGCCAGGACCAGAACCCAGACCAGGCCAACAGGGACUGGGACCAGUAUGGGUUUCCACUUGUACAAGACUUUGAGGUGGAAGAUAUUCAGUUGCUGGCCAAGAUCCACUCUCCAGAUCUGAGGACUCAGCAGAACCAGGAUGCCAUUGAGCGCCCCCUUGUGGCUCGGUGGGAGCAGUACAUGUCCAGUUGCCGUGGUGACUUAAGCGAUUCCCCGGAACUAAAGAGCCUGAUCCGAACCGGAAUCCCACCCCACCUCCGGCCCCAAGUCUGGAACUGGAUUAUCCGGACUAGGACUCAAAGGGACCAGGACCCACUGCAAUACCAACAGGUGUGUGAGCAGAUGGAGAACAGUUCGCAGUCCAGAUCUGGACCUUGGUCCAGGCAGAUCGAUCUGGACUUGCCCCGGACGCUCUGCACCAAUCACAACUUCAGCUCUCCCUCAAGCCCUGCCCUCCAGCAGCUCCGAAGAAUCUUAAUGGCUUUCAGCUGGGAGAACCCGUCUAUAGGUUACUGCCAGGGCCUCAACAGGAUUGCCGCUCUGCUGCUGCUGGUCCUGGGCUCUGAGGAGGACACGUUUUGGGGUCUAAAGGCUGUGGUGGAGAACAUUAUGCCUCCAGAUUACUACACCCCCAGCCUGGUCGGCUCACAGGUGGACCAGCUGGUGUUAAAGGACUUUCUGAGUGAGAAGCUGGCACGUCUCUCCUCUCAUCUGGACCGGUGUGGAGUGGACGUGUCCUCCUUCACCUUCAGCUGGUUCCUGGUGGUGUUUGUGGAGGUUCUGCCCGGCCACAUCCUCCUGCCGCUGUGGGACGCCUUCCUGUAUGAGGGGAACAAGGUUCUGUUUCGGUUCAGCCUGGCCAUGUUCAAGCUGAAGGAGCCUGAGAUCCUCCAGCUGUCCACGGGUCUGGAACUACACCAGUACUUCAGAAUCCUGCCCAAAACUGUCCUAGACCAGAGGAGGCUGUCGGCCGUAGCGUUUGACGAGCUGAACCCGUUUUCUCGCCGCGCUGUGAGGAGUCGACGUGCACUGCACCUGGAGCGCCUGCAGAGGGAGCUGUGUGAACUGCAACGCCAGCGGAAUCUCUUCCUGUCCCAGCGUAGCAUCCACAAGAGCACUGAAGAAGAGGAGGGAGCGGAGGGAGCAGCGGAGGAGGAAGUGCUUGACAACAACAGCGAGGACGACUUUGCUACAGUGUCAUGUAUAUGAGAAAAAGUACUUGAGUAAAAGUAAAUUACUCAAGUAAAAGGUGCUCAACAACAACAGCGAAGAAGAGGACGCUACCGUGUCAAGUCCUAUAAGCAAAGUACUUGAGUAAAAGUCAGUACUCAAGUAAAACUCCAGUACUCAAGUAAAACUGCAGAACUCAAGUAAAAGUCCAGUACUCAAGUAAAACUGCAGAACUCAAGUAAAAGUCCAGUACUCAAGUAAAAGUCUAGCACUCAAGUAAAAGUCAUGUACUCAGGGAAAAAUCAAGUAUAUGAGCAAAAGUCAUACACAAAGGCCUGUAAUAGAGUAAAAGUCAGUGUGGAGGUGCUGGAUAACAGCAGUGAAUGUCUGAGCUCAGGUGUGUACUUGAGUAAAAGUAACAAAGACUAAAUACUGUUACAGGUACUUCUACUAUCCAACAGAGCUAUCAUUGCCAAAGCUACACAGUU